CUUCCAGCUUUCACUUUUUAUGCUUUUUGUGAUUUCUCAAUCUGGAUUUGAUAAUACUAAGGCAUGGACUUAGUAUUAUCAUGGACAUGAUCAGUCCUGUGCAAAAUACUCCUGAUGGUCAUAUCCAGAUCAUUCACAACUGCGGUGGCAGACGACAGGGCACAGUUAGAGGACCGUCUGACAGAGUAUGUCAAGGACACACUCGAGUACAUUGAGACCAUAAGAGACUUCUGUGUCCAAGAACCGAAAUGGACAUCUGACAGAAGGGCAGAGCGUAAGAAGAUGAGAGACAUCAGUGAAAAACAGCAGGAGGAGAAGCUCGGCGCCGUCCUCAAAGACACAUUAGAGGGUCUGAAGAAACUUGAGCCGUUCCUGGAUGCGGUGGAGAAGCUAGCAGUGACCUCAAGCCAUGUCUUCAGCGGACAGAUCUUCCUUCUGUGGGGAGAGAGUCCUGAAAGAGUGCAGUCCGUCAUCACAGAUGCCAGAACAGAUGCUCCUCUCCUCAUCCACUUCAAACGAGAUGCAGAAACCUUCUUCAGGCCUCUACUCGAUAAUGUGAACAUCCUGAUCUUUCAGCUUAACAACUACGUGCUCAAAACUGAGCAACUUUGUAACAGAAUGAGAAGUUCAGUUUUGCGUGGAACCAUCUAUAAACGUAAAACGGAUCAACCUUCAGUGCGGCUCAUUUUGAACACAAGCGUGAACGACAUGAAUCAAAUGCUUCAUCAUUUGAAGCAGUUGUGUGAAAUCAGGAGGAACGAGGACACCCGGCUGGCGUUCCUCUUUCAGGACAAUGCUCAGAAAUUCACUAAAGUGUUCAGUGAACGUCACACUCGAAUGUGGCAGCUCCUGUCAGAUCUGGAGGACACUGCAGUUCAUCUGGACAGAAUGAAGAAGGGGGCCAUUAUAUCCACCGUGGCUGGUAGUUCACUGGGGAUAGUAGGGGGUGUCUUGUCUAUUCUUGGAAUUGUUCUUGUCCCCAUCAGUGCAGGGACAUCACUGGGUCUUACUGUGGCAGGGGCCAGUCUGGGGGGUGUUGGUGCAGUCGAUGCUCUUGUAACAGAUAGCACUGAAAUGGUAAUCAACAGUAAGCUUGAGCAGAAAGCACAAAGCAAUGCAACGAGUUACAUGGAUGAUAUGAUAGAGAUUGAAGACUGUUUGACAGAAGCGGUCAACAGUGAAGGACCUUUAGUGAAGCCUAGUUCAGUUGAUCCUCACAAAAUUACACACUUAACUUUUGAAGGGAUUAGAGGGUCUGUGAAUGUGCUGGAUACAGUUGCAGCUAUUCCAGUGUAUAAAAGUGAAACAGCCAUUCAAGCAGCAGCGGUGGAGUUACGAAGGGCUCAUGACGUACCAGAGGUGGCUGUUUACCUGUCUACGACAGAGCGGCUGGCAACAGCUAAAAUAUUGAAGUUUGCAACGGUUGCUAGACGUAUGACUGGCAUCAUAAAUUUUCUCUCUAUUGGCCUAGAUGGCUAUUCUAUUUACAAAGAAAGUAAAAGUCUUGCAAAAGGGAGCGAGAGCGCGGUCUCUAAGCUCAUCCGCUCCAGAGCAGCUCUGUGGAAAUCUGAGCUGGAGGCCUGGGAGAAAAUACACGAUUCCUUACGCAUAGGAAUAGAGACGAUUAAUGAGACCCGGGAUACUUUAGAGAAACCAUUUCUACAUUUAUUAAAUUAUUACCGUAGUUGUUUUCCUUGUUGAAGGAUUAAAUCAAGCACAGCACAUUACACGUGUUUCUGCAUGUAAAAUACAGAAUUAACAGGGUUAUCAGAUAAAUUGAAAAGAUUACUAUUAAUAUUAAGACUAAAAAUGAUUGAUACAUUCAUGCGUUUCAUUCCUUAAUUAUUCCUUCAGAAAUAUGAACUAAUAACAUACUAUAAUAUGUAAAUGAUCAGGUAUAUAGUAGCUAACGUUAGCUGAAUGCUGCUGAUGGCUUUCUACUAGUUUGUUAGCUACACAUAUACACUAGUUAUACACUUGUGAAAAUAAUUGAGAGAACCACUGAAUACGGGCUAACUUUGGCAUUUUUAACCCAUUAAUAUGCCUGCAUGAGGUUUUUGGAUUAUUAGUCAAAAACGAAUGUAUCUUGACAAAGUGAUUUAUCAUUGAAAUGUCUGAGACUGAUUCGAUUUUCGAUCACUUUGUAGUGUAAUACUCCUGUUUACAUGUAACUACUAUUCUAUGAUAAAACGAUUAAAAAAUUAAAUAAUUAUGCCGCAGUGUAAACAUAAUGCUUUCUAGACCCGUCAGAGAAGAUAAAUGACAUUAAACACACAUUAA